UUUACAUGUAGAAAGCCGGGGACGUUUAAACAUUGCUCGACACCUCUCCUAUCGUAGACGAUAGUCGGAUUUAGUGAUUACCUGAAUGAACUCCCGAUUAACAACAUGUCUUGAUAUAAUCUGUCUGAAGCCCACAGGUGUUUAGGUGUCCAGUUGCAGUAGAUGUCUAGUAUUCGUUCGUCUGUCCACCCUAAGAACCUUAAUCAGCCCUGGGGCACGAUACUUAAACCUGAGUACGGCCUUGGUCACCAGAAAAUGACAGAUUACGAAAUAGACCAGACAGUGGAUCGUCUGUAUAAAAUUCCCGCCACAAAAGAACGGGUGUACGAAAGACCAGGAAAAAAGAUGACAGAGGAAGAAAUUACAGAAAUGCUACAGCGACUAACCAAGGCUCCCGUAGAGAAGAUUCCAGACAGUGACAGACGGGUGACGAAAUCUACAUACAGCGAAAUGGGCGUGGUCAGUUCCUACGCCUGGAAGGGUUAUAACUAGGGAAUCAUGAAAAUGAAGUUUUCAUUUAUUACAAUUAGCAGAGACUAGUUAUAAUUUCAUACUAUGUUUUUAUAUAAGAAGCUAUAUGAUCAUAUUCAUAAAAUUUAAUUGACAUAAUCUGAUGAGUGUACAAAUGUAUUUUAUUUGUCUUUAAAAUGUUAAUAGAGGAACUUACCUCACACGUGUUUCAGAUUUUUUUUUUGUUUGUUUUGUUGAACACGAGAAAUAAAACAGAGCUUGUAGUAUUUAUUUCAGAAAAAUGUGAUUGAAAUAUUACGUCAUUAUAGUAUAUUGUAGU